UUGCUCACCAGAGGGAGUAGUAGGUGAUCACUAGAGAAUAGGCCCUAGAUUCCCUAGUGGGUGGGGCAGGUGAGGGGCAAGCAUGGACUUUGGACUCAGUCUUGGGUCCAUAUCCCAAUCCUGCCUACAAGUUGUCUAUGGGAUGUCCACUCUAUGUCAACAAGUACUGAGCUCCUACUGUAUGAGUUCUUUUAGGUGCUGAGGACACCGAAGUAACCAAAAGGGAUAAAUAUAUCUUCACUAUGGGGGCUGAUGUCCUAGUGGGAGAGACAGUGAAAAGCUCAAACAAAAGAGUAAAAUAUGCAGUAGUUUGGAUGGUAGCCAGUGCUGUGGAUAAAAUAAAGUAGGAUGAAGGCCUGGAGCAUGUGGAUGGGAUGGUUGCUAUAGCCAGUAUGGCUUUGCGGGGUUCCUCUGAGGAGUUGACUCCUGAACAGUGAGAGAGAUGGAGCGCAUUCCAGGUAGAGGGAUAGCAGAAGAAAAUGCCCUGAGGCAGGAGCCUGCCUAGUAUGUUGGAGAAGAGCAAAAGGCCACUGGGCCUGGAGUCAAGUGAGCUGGGGGAGAGUGGGAGGAGGAGAGGGGCCAGAUGUGAGGACGUGGCUUUGACUGAGUUAGUUGGGAGCCCUGGGGAGAUGGGGGUGUCCUGAGAAGAGGGGAGACUAUGCAGACACAGGUCCAGCAUGGGCAUGGCAGCGCUGGUAGGAAAGAGAAGCUGUCCAGCCAAAUGGACAACUAUGUCCUCAGGUGGACGCACUGCCCCCAGUGCUCAAAUGGGAAACUGAGGCUUAGAGAGUGCUGUGACUAGCCCAAGGCCAAACCAGGUGUCCAGAAGGCUCGGUCCCUCUCUGGAUGGGCUUAGGCAGGAGGGAGGCCUUGGAACCAGGGUUUCUUAUAGAAUGUGUGUCUUGCCAAGGCAGUAGUCAGGAGGUUUUGGUGGCCCACAAGUGGUAUCCCACAUUGGUGUUGAGGACAGAGGGCUGGGGGUACAGGCUUCCCAGGGGAGGGACCCCCAGCUAGGCCUCAGGGGAUGAAUAGGAGCGCCUUGGGUAGGUGGGCAAUGGAGGAAAGCCCAAGCCAAGCUGGUGGGGAUAGGACCACUCUGCACUAGGACUGGCUCUGCCAAGGGCAGAGGACCAGGUGGGAGUCGUUCCAUCAACACCACCAGUACACAGGUCCUCUUCACACCAUUCCCACCAUUGGUGGGGUGGGAAUUAUGUUGCUCAGUUUCCAGCUGGAGAACCCAAGUCUGGGAAGUGGAUGACACCUUCAGGUGCUGGGCAGGAAGCCUCUUUGGGCCUCAGUCUCCCUGUCUCUGAGUCUGGGGGUUGGGCAUAGAGCCCUCUGUGGGAGGUGUCUAGAGCCUCUGCCUAGAUGACUUUGAGUGUUGGCCUCUGACCUCCACACAGGGCCUGUGUUUGGGGAGUGCCAUGUUCUUCAUGGGGGAUCCCUGGUAGCAUGGUACCUCAUCAAGCUUCUGUCUGCGCCUCUAGGAAUGGGGCGUGGAGCUCCGCCCUCUGGGGCAGGUGGGGUCCACUUCUGAGCCUGCAGCUUGUUGAACCUUGUUCUUUCUGUUUGUUGUCAGAACCCUGGGCAUAAUGGGAUGGAUACAGGUGUUGAGAGGUAUGGGGACUUGGCCAGGGGUGGGCCUCUAGUGGGGCCCAAAGCUUCAAAUCCUUCCAUACAGACUGGAUUGGUGAUUGCCCAUUUCACAGUUGAAGACACAAACAGACACAGAGCUCAGGUGGCCCCAGCUUGAGUCCCAAUUUGCAGCAGCAGCAGAGCCUAAAAGGCGCCUUGGGGUAGGCCUUGGUAGGCCAGAGAGGACAGCUGUGCCUGUGCAAGUGCUCUUCCCUCUCCCACAGACCGUGGAACAUGGCUUCCCCAACCAGCCCAGCGCCCUGGCUUUCGACCCCGAGCUUCGCAUCAUGGCCAUUGGCACCAGGUCUGGGGCCGUCAAGAUCUAUGGUGCACCUGGUGUGGAGUUCACAGGCCUGCACCCAGACAUGGCCACUGUCACCCAGAUGCACUUCCUGCCUGGUCAGGGCCGCCUCCUGACCCUGUUAGAUGACAGCAGCCUGCAUCUGUGGGAGAUCGUCCACCAUAAUGGCUGUGCCCACCUGGAGGAAGCACUCAGCUUCCAGCCACCCAGUCGGCCGGGUUUUGAUGGUUCCAGUGGCCCACCCAGCCUUGCCCGCAUCACAGUGGUCCUGCUGGUGGCUACUGGUGACAUGGCAGCUCUGGGCUCCGAGAGUGGCAGUGUCUUCUUCCUGGAUGUUCCUACCCUGAUGCUGCUGGAGGGGCAGACCCUUGGCCCUGACGAGGUUCUGCGAAGCGUGCCAGAUGAUUACCGGUGUGGGAAGGCACUGGGCCCUGUGGAGUCACUCCAGGGACGCCUGCAGGACCCCACCAAGAUCCUCAUCGGCUACAGCCGGGGCCUGCUGGUCAUCUGGAACCAGGCUGCACAGUGUGUGGACCGUGUCUUCCUAGGGAACCAGCAGCUGGAGAGCCUUUGCUGGGAGCGCAGUGGUAGCACACUGGUCAGCUCACACAGUGAUGGCAGCUAUGCCAUUUGGUCUGCGAACACCAGCAGCUCCCCAGUAACGCAGCCUAUGGUAGCUACCACACCCUACGGCCCCUUCCCCUGCAAAGCCAUCAAUAAGAUUCUGUGGCGAAACUGUGAAUCUGGGGGCCACUUUAUCAUCUUCAGUGGUGGCAUGCCCCGUGCCAGCUAUGGCGACCGCCACUGUGUAAGUGUGCUCCGGGCCGAGACUCUGGUGACGCUGGACUUCACCUCUCGCAUCAUUGACUUCUUCACGGUGCACAGCACACGGCCCGAGGAUGAGUUUGACGAGCCCCAGGCCCUGGCCGUGCUGCUCGAAGAAGAGCUGGUGGUACUAGACCUGCAAACACCUGGCUGGCCAGCCGUGCCUGCUCCGUACCUGGCUCCACUGCACUCAUCCGCUAUUACUUGCUCAGCCCAUGUCGCCAACGUCCCCGCCAAACUGUGGUCCCGUAUCGUGAGCGCUGGCGAGCAGCAGAGCCCCCCACUUGCCUCUAGUGCCUCGAGCUGGCCCAUCACUGGGGGCCAGAACCUGGCCCAGGAGCCAUCGCAGCGAGGUCUGCUGCUGACCGGCCAUGAGGAUGGCACUGUGCGGUUCUGGGAUGCCUCUGGUGUAGCGCUGCGACCGCUCUAUAAGCUGAGCACAGCUGGCCUCUUCCAGACAGACUGCGAACACACUGACAGCCUGGCUCAGGCUGCUGAGGAUGACUGGCCGCCCUUCCGAAAGGUGGGCUGCUUUGACCCCUACAGUGAUGACCCCCGGCUUGGUGUGCAGAAGGUGGUACUCUGCAAGUACACAGCCCAGAUGGUGGUGGCUGGCACUGCAGGCCAGGUGCUGAUACUGGAGCUCGGCGACAUGCCAUCAGAGCAGGCAGUCAGCAUGGCCAGUGUGGACCUCCUCCAGGACCGUGAGGGCUUCACAUGGAAGGGCCACGAGCGGCUGAGUCCACGCACGGGGCCCCUGCCCUGGCCCACCGGCUUCCAGCCCCGAGUGCUGAUUCAGUGCCUGCCACCAGCUGCCAUCACCGCUGUCACUCUCCACACUGAGUGGAACCUUGUGGCUUUUGGCACCAGUCAUGGCUUUGGCCUCUUUGACUACCAGCGCAAGAGCCCUGUGCUGGCCAGGUGCACCCUUCACCCCAAUGACUCCCUGGCCAUGGAGGGGCCACUCUCCCGGGUGAAAUCGCUCAAGAAGUCGCUGCGCCAGUCUUUCCGGCGUAUCCGUAAGAGCCGAGUCUCAGGCAAGAAGCGGGCCACUAAUGCCAACAGUAAGUUGCAGGAGGCCAACGCGCAGUUGGCAGAGCAAGGCUGCCCCCACGACGUGGAGAUGACACCUGUUCAGCGCCGCAUUGAGCCCCGCUCAGCUGAUGACUCUCUCUCGGGUGUGGUUCGCUGCCUUUACUUCGCUGACACGUUCCUUCGAGAUGCAGCCCAUCACGGACCCACCAUGUGGGCAGGCACCAACUCAGGCUCUGUGUUUGCCUACGCCCUGGAGGUGCCAGCGGCAGCAGCAGGCAGUGAGAAGUGGCCCGAGCGGGUAGUGGAGGCUGUGCUGGGCAAGGAGGUGCAGCUGAUGCAUCGUGCGCCUGUGGUGGCCAUCGCUGUGUUGGAUGGGCAUGGCCGGCCACUGCCUGAGCCCUUUGAGGCCUCGCGGGACCUGGCGCAGGCACCCGACAUGCAGGGUGGCCACGCAGUGCUCAUUGCAUCUGAGGAGCAGUUCAAGGUGUUCACACUACCCAAGGUGAGCGCCAAGACCAAGUUCAAGCUAACAGCCCACGAGGGCUGUCGUGUGCGCAAGGUGGCAUUGGCCACAUUUACCAGCGUGGCCUGUGAGGACUAUGCAGAGACCUGCCUGGCCUGCCUCACCAACCUGGGUGAUGUGCAUGUCUUCUCGGUGCCUGGCCUGAGGCCCCAGGUGCAUUACCCCUGUAUCCGGAAGGAGGACAUCAGCGGCAUCGCCUCCUGUGUCUUCACGCGCCAUGGCCAGGGUUUUUACCUAAUUUCCCCAUCGGAGUUUGAACGUUUCUCCCUAAGUGCCCGGAACAUCACAGAGCCACUCUGCUCUCUGGACAUCAGCUGGCCCCAUGAUGCUGCCCGUGCCAGCUACAGGCUCCAAGAGUCACCCAAGCUGAACCAGGCUAAUGGGACCCCAGGUGUUGUCCUGACCCCACAGAGCCGUGAUGGCAGCCCCAAUCCUGUUCACAGCAAGGGAACUGACACCGCAGAGCCACCUGAGGCCACGCUCUCACCUAUGUCCAUUGACUCGGCCACCAGUGCUGAUACCACACUAGACAUGACAGGGGACGUCACGGUGGAGGAUGUGAAGGAUUUCCUGGGCUCUUCAGAGGAAUCUGAGAAUCUGAAGAACCUGGCAGAAGAUGAGGCUCGAGCCUGCGCCAUUCUGAUUAAAUGAGGUGCUGCAUGUGUGGGGGACCUUGUGUCUACCUGGUCUUUACCUUUCAGCCUUAACCCCUGUGGGCCCUCUUGCCCUAGUCUUGAACCUGAAACCCUAACAGGCCCCUGUGAUGGCAAUACUCCCCAAGGCCCACAGACAUGAUUUUCAUAGUUCUGUAUUUAAAAAAAUAAGGCUACCUAUCAGCCCCCAGAUGUCACGGGUGGUAUUUGGAACAAGGCCAGACUAAAACAGCUUGAGUUUCAGGGUAUGGUUUGGCCAUUUCAGCAGCUGAAAUCACCCAGGCACAUAAAAUUGGGCCCUCCCAGGUGAACCUCAAGACGGGCCUGGCCCCUACUCCCAGUCUUGGUGUGUCCUCCUGCCCAGCUCUGGGUUCCUUAGGUCUGCCCAACCUAUUUGUUACCUAGUAUCCACACCCACACAGCUGGGCACUUUACCUCCACUUUCUCUUCAUCUCUUGCUUGGGACACCCCUGGCCUCAGUGGGCCAGAUGUGGUCUUUGCUCAGACUUGGCCAGCCCUUUUGCCUGUCCUGGAGAGGCUGAAUGGUGGUACUUGUGUGGCCAGGCCACCUGCCACUUUUGGUCUCCCUAGCUUUCAGCUGCCCCUUCUCUUCUUAUACUAGGAAGGCCCAAACUACCUGGCCACCACCUGCCCUGCUCAGAGCUGGGAUCCAAGACCCUUGGUUCCUGCCCGGCCCUUCGCAUAGGCCUAUAUCUGCUAACCUUCAGGCUCCAGUGGCACCUGCCCACCCUGACCCCCAGGGCAGCCCCAGGGUGUAGCCCUGGAACUUGGCCCAGAGUCUCCAGGCUAGAUUUGAACUAGAUCCUCCACAGGCAGUUGGUUACCCUGGAGGCCAGAUACCACAGGGGAGGACAGUUGGGGCUGGCAGCCCAUGCCACCUCCCAUUCCACAUACCAUCCUUCCCCUAAUUCCUUUGCAAAGAAUAUUUUUCUAAUGCCUGGACUGCAUAGUGCCAGGCUGGACACUCAUUUCGAAAACUAUUUUGGUACUCGCUCUUUGGCCAGCAACUCUCUUCCCCCAGUCCAAGUACACAGGUUAUGUGUACAUGAGUACGUGGCGGGGUGGGGGGGUGUGAUUGGGAGCUCCCUGGGCAUCCAGGACUGGGGACUAGUCAGGUGUGUGUGUC